AUGCUCUACCUAUCUUCUAUCCUGGCAACAACAUUAUGGUGUACUCUGCUCAUCAUUUUCCGCAUUUUGACUGUUACCGGGGUUAGAUGUGGAGCAGGCGGCCGACUGAGAGUUUAUUAUCGUUUCAUUGAAGUGCUAGUGGAAUCCUCCGCUCUCUAUUCGAUAGCUCUGGUCCUGCUUUUGGCUUUCUCCAUUCGUAACGAUAUUAGGCAGUAUUACUUUGAUGCCAUAGCCAGUAUCGCGAGGGGAGUUGCACCUACUCUUCUUGUUGGCAGAGCAGCGGCAGGACACACACGCCCAAAUGAAGAACAUGACGAAAGUGCGACAGUGUCGACCCUUCGUUUCCAGAUGUCUUCGCAAUCUUCUCAACCUUCUCAACCGUCUACUUCAAGCUUCCAGGAAUCUGCUAUGCAGAGCGCAGUCCUCGAAGUGGACAUUGAAGCCCAGCCAGAGCGGUCCAAAGAGUUCAUUGUAUCCGUUUAUCUCUUUCAUUUUUGUCGCGUUAGUGGCCUAAAGGACGCAUAUAGCCCUUCAACGGACGCUCGUGUUUCUAUCCACCUGGCCCAACACUCUGCGGAAGAACAUAUCGGUAGAGCAAGGACUUGGCCGGAUGAAGGCCACGCAUAG